CCGCGGUGUGAAUAUUUUCUUUUCAUUUUUUUUUAUUUAAAACAUUUUAUUAAAAAAUCUUAAUGAUGUCUUGUUUAUGUGUCAAAAAAGUGCAUAUACUGUUAACAGGGGGCUGAUUUUUUUUCGCUUUACGUGAAAUACUUGAAGUUUCAACGAGAAAAUGUCUUGGUUUUCGGAAAUUGCUGGCAAGGCAGAGGAUUUGCUGAAUAGAGUUGACCAAUCAGCAGCUGAAGCUUUGCAAAGCAAAUCAAAAUCCCGAAGCCGAUCACACUUAGAUGAAAUCCCUUCUGAAUCCAACUAUUCUCCAAGCAGAGUGUAUUCAACUCCUUUAAGACCACCCAUUUCUUCUAAUACAGCUUCUCCUUCAACACUGGAACGUAAAUCAUCCUACAUUCAAAGUACUGCAACUCCCAAACGGAAAUCUGUGAGUGAUGAUGAGAAGCUUUUAGAGUUUCUAAAUGCCAAUGACAAGCUCCCUACUUCUCGAAAAGAAAGAUCUAAAAUAACCACUUCUCCUGAGAAGAAAAAUUUUCCAUCCAAUAAUACACAAUCUGAAAGUGUUCCACUUAUACAAAAAACUGAUGCAAAUAGCUCCUUAUUUUCCAAAAAAGAGAAAACUGCAGAUGCACAUGAUGCUAAUAUACUUCAAACUGCAUCUGAACAACAACUAAAGGAAGAAAUUUUAGAUAAGGCUUCAGAUUCUGCUCCUGCUUUUCAAAGUGCCUCUAUUGAAUCAGAUGUAUUUGUUACAAAAGCUGUUGCAUUCAACCAAAAUGUUUCACUAGCAGAAAAUCAAUCAAAAAAUGCUGAAACAGAAACAAAAAUUUCAAAGAAAGUGGACUCUUGGAAUUCUCAGAUGUCCAGCAGUGAAAAAAUCAUUCGAGAAUUGAGAGAAAGAGAGAAGGAUCUAACAGCUGCUAUAGAAGCAAAAGAUUCUCAGUUAGCCAUUUUAAAAGUCAGGUUACAAGAAGCUGAUCAGGAAUUGCAAAUUAAAAGGAAUCAUGGGAAAGAAUUAGAAGCUGAAAAUGAUAGGCUCAUUAAAGAACAUGCUCAAAGUGCAGCCUUUCAGAACAAAACAAUUGAAGUUCUUCGAGAACAGUUACAGCAAACCGAAGCUGAGUUGAACAAAACAAAAGAAGCAAUGCAACAGUAUCAAAAUGAUCACAUGCAAAAAAUUGCAAAAAUGGAAGAAGAGCAUCGACUUUUAGUAGAUUCUUAUUCAUCUUUGCAAAAGAAGUGGAAUGAAGUAAAUGAAAGGAGCAAAGAUCUUUCAAAUCAGCUCAAACAAUCAACUGGAAACUUUGAAGCUUUACAACAAGAAUAUAAUGAUUACAAACAAAAGGCACAAAGAAUAUUGCAAUCUAAAGAGAAAUUGAUUGGAAGCCUGAAAGGGGGUCACUUGGAAUCAGACAGCAUUGAGAAGAGUGAAGCUGCCUCAGCUCUUGCAAAUGCAGAAAUCGAAAGCAUUAAGCAAGAAAGAGAUCUUAUGAGAGAUGAAUUAAGGAGGGCUAAUGAGCUUGUAGCUACCUAUCGGGCAGAAAUCCAAGAGCUUGAAAAGGCUUUUCAAAAUGAUGCCAUGGAAUCACAAGAACGUUAUAAGAAUUUAAAAGAUCAACUUGAUUCUGAAAGGACUACUAAGGAAGAAUUUCAGCUGUUAAAUGUACAAUUAAAAGAGGAAUUGCAAAUUCUACGUGAUGAACUUACUCGAACAAAAAGUAGUUUCCAAAGUCGAAUCCAAGACAGAGAAAUCGAAAUUGAAAAGCUGAGAAGACAAUUAACAGCAAAAUCCUUGAGUUCAGUGAGCCAAGAUGAGCUUGAAUCUCGUCUGCAUGCACUAACAGAAAAUCUCAUUCAAAAACAAACUCUUGUUGAAGCAUUGAGCACAGAAAAGAAUUCAUUAAUACUUCAACGUGAAAGAUUGGAACAACAACUGAAUGAAGCUUUGAAUUAUGGCAUGCAACAACAUGCAUAUGUGGGCAUUAACAACAAUGACUCAGAAAGAAAAUCUAAAGCUGUAUUCCUUGAAAAUCCAUUUGAUAGUGCUUUGACGAGAAAAGUAAAACGAGUUUAUACUAGCAUUGAUUCUUUUAGCAUACGUUUAGGGGUAUUUUUCCGGCGGUAUCCGAUAACAAGAGUUUUUGUAAUUAUUUAUAUGUUGCUGUUGCACUUUUGGGUGUUUAUUGUACUUCUGACAUAUGAACCUGAAAUCCAUAAUGCUAGCUAUGAAAUUUCAAAAAAUCAUUAAUAUUUUAGAAAUAUAUAUAUACAUGUAUUUAAUCUUGUUAGCUGCAAUAUGAAAUUUCUAUUAAAUGUUAUUUUUCUAAAGCUUCCUUUUUAUUGAUUCUAUGUAUAUUUUUAUAUUUUAAAUCAGUGUUUGCCGAAAAAAGCAUUUGCAAAACAAGCAAUGUAAUAUGAUGAAACUGACGGUGCAAAUAAUUAUUUUUGAUAUAUUAA